AAUUAUCCCUAGUUAUAUUUCACGCCAAUCCAACCAGUGGCUUCUUCUUCACCAAGCAAAAAUUCCAAAUUCAAACUGAAAAACCUCCAUGGGAACAUCUUGAUUAGGAAGAAGAAGAAAUUGUAUAGUCAAUGGCAGCCAUUUCAACAUGCUUCUUCUUCACAGUGAGACCCACCAACACUCAAUCCAUUGUAUUCUCUCGAAAAUCGUUUGUCCUAAAACCUUCACGAAUACACUCUCAGGGUUUGAGGUAUAGGAGUAAGAGGAGGAGUUCAGUUAAUUUUGUUAGGGCGAGUGGUCUUGUGGAGAGCGAUAACGUGCCUUCUGAUGUAAGGAAGAGGGCUAUGGAAGCUGUUGAUGCAUUGGGGAAAAGGGUUACAGUUGGAGAUGUUGCCAGUAAAGCUGGCCUUCAGUUGACUCAAGCUCAGAAAGCUUUGCAAGCUCUUGCUUCUGAUACUAAUGGCUUCUUGGAGGUAUCAGAUGAGGGUGAUGUCCUUUAUGUAUUUCCUAAGGAUUAUCGUUCAAAUCUCACGGCUAAAUCAUUUAGGAUGAAGAUUGAGCCUUUGCUGGAGAAAGCAAAGCUUGCAGGUGAAUACUUAGUGAGGGUUUCCUUUGGUACAGCACUAAUUGCUUCGAUUGUCAUUGUCUAUACAACCAUAAUUGCUAUCCUCUCUAGUAGAAGUGAAGAAGACAAUCGGGGAAGACGAGGCAGAUCUUAUGACAGCGGUUUCUCGUUUUACUUAAGUCCAACUGAUUUAUUCUGGUACUGGGAUCCAUACUACUAUAGGAGACGACGAGUUCGCGAAGAAAGUGGUGGGAUGAACUUCAUUGAAUCUGUUUUCUCCUUUGUAUUUGGUGAUGGUGAUCCAAAUCAAGAGAUUGAAGAGGAGAGGUGGAAGUUGAUAGGGAAAUAUAUAUCAUCAAAUGGUGGCGUUGUUGCUGCUGAAGAACUUGCUCCCUUUCUUGAUGUGGAGACUCCUAACAAAACGGAUGAUGAGUCAUACAUCCUUCCGGUGCUUUUACGGUUUGAUGGUCAGCCAGAAGUAGAUGAGGAAGGAAAUAUCCUGUACCGAUUUCCAUCACUUCAGCGUACGGCUGCUCCACAAAGGAGUGUAAGGAAGGAGUAUGUAGGGAAAAGAUGGACUGACUGGGUUGGACAGGUUGAAAGAUUUCUUCAAGAAAAGAAGUUGCAAUUUAGCAAAACAAGCUCAUCGGAAAGGGCAUUGGUCAUUGGAUUGGGUGGGCUCAAUCUGUUUGGCGUCAUUGUUCUUGGUACCAUGUUGAAGAACAUGACAGUCAGUCCGAGUAACUUCAUCUCAUUUGUGUCCGAGAUAUUUCCGUUACUUCAGAUUUAUGCUGGCUCAUUUUUCACCAUUCCAUUGAUCCGAUGGUUUCUUGUUCGCAAGAGAAAUGGUGAAAUUGAAAGAAGAAAUCGAGCAAGGGAACAAUAUGCCCGAGCACUUGAACGACCCAAUGUCUCACUGCGGCGGAAGCUUCUGAGUGCCCGGGAUAUGGCACAGAGAACUUUUAUUGGCCAGGAACGAAUUGUUUACAGUACAGACAAGGACUUAUAUGAGCAAGAUUAUGAUGCACAACAGUGGGAGCAGAGAUUCCGAGAAAUUGAGAAGUCCGAAUAGAUGGUGUUACUUAAAGAUUAUUUUGUUUUGUAAAUUCUCGAGUUCCAUACGCACAAAGACUCAGGAUAAAUUAUUCCUUUCAUUGCCUCCAGCCAUGACAUGAGGCAGGCAAAGCUGCAAAUCCACCAACUGUUAGCCGUUUUGUAUACUCAAUUUGCUGAGAAGAAUCGGAGCAUGCCAAACAGUAGAUUUUGAUGUAAUCAACAACAUUUAGGCUUGAGAACUACAACAUUCAAUGAGUAGUUCAUUAAGAAUGUAGAAGUUGUGUAAUUGGUACGACACUUGAUAACGACACUUGAUCUGCUGCAAAUGGCAGGCUUUCACUAUAAAAUUAGCCUCAAUAUGACACAUUUAGUUCAUUAA